CGGGAAGAGCCAUUAUACAGCACGCAAGAAAAACAACUGUGAACCGAGUCAACCGAACACAGGCAUCUCAUUGUGGCGGCGGCAGUCCCGAGGUGACGGCGUCAGUUGACUGAUAUUGCAUCAUACGAUUCAUACGGGUUCAACAAUGGCCGACAAGGUGUUCCACCCCCGCUCGGAGGGGAUCCCCUCCGAGGGUGUGAUGGAUCAGUACGCCGACGGCAAGGCGGCCAGGGUCUGGAAGAAGUUCGUGGGAGACAGCAACCAGAGGACCCAGAACUAUAAGGACUUCUUGAUUGGACUGCUGCGAGCCAAUGGAUGCAAGAAAAUAUUGGACGCCGCAUGCGGCACUGGGAUUGACUCAAUGAUGCUCGUGAACGAGGGCUUCGAGGUGGUCUCCGUGGACGCCUCCGACAAGAUGUUGAAGCACGCUCUCAAGGCGCGCUGGGAGAAGAGAAAGGACCCUAGGUUCGAUAAGUGGAUAAUCGAGGAAGCCAACUGGGAGACCCUCCACUCCGACGUGCAGACCUUCCUCCCCGGAGCCUCAUUCGACGCCGUCAUCUGUCUCGGCAACUCGUUCGCCCACUUACUGGACGAAUACGGCGACCAGCGCGUCCAGAAGCGAGCGUUAGAGAACUUCGCCAAGUGUCUCAAGCCGGGGGGACUGCUUUUCAUUGACCAUAGGAAUUAUGAUGCUAUGAUCGAUAGCGGGGCCACGCCGGGACAUUCUAUUUAUUAUAAUUGCAAGUACCCAGUGGACAUCAAAACGUCAGUGCUGGUGGUGGGGGGCAAGCCGCAGCUCGUCACCCUGGAUUACUGCAUCGGGGGCUCCCAAGGCGGCGAGGACCGAAGCGACUUCCGCCUCUGCUACUACCCGCACAAACUAGAAAAGUUCACGCAAAUAUUGAAGGACGCGUUCGGCCCUGGCAACACGCACAGCUUAUACGCAGACUUCAAACCUCUAUCCGAAGUACCCGUACCUGGGUUCUACAUACACCUCAUUAAAAAACCACAAUAAUGUUUUUGUAAUGUAUAAGAUACUCUGGCACAACGACCUUGUCAGUAGAAAAGGGCGGCAUAUUUUAAAAAAGUAGGCGCGA